AUGCCAAACAUUGGUCUGAGGAACCAACCAUACCUGAACCACCUGAAACCAUACCCGAAUCACCUGCAACCAUACCUGGAAUCACCUGCAACCAUACCUGAACCACCUGAAACCAUACCCGAAUCACCUGAAACCAUACCCGAAUCACCUGAAACCAUACCCGAAUCACCUGAAACCAUACCUGACGUCCCACAUCAUAAUCAAAGUGAAACCCCCAAAGAAAAUAAAAAGCUGAAAAAGUCAAAAAUAAAGGUUGGAAAAGCAAAAAAAAGCUACUCACAAUUCCAAACUAGAAAAAAACUCCCAUUCUUGCCAUAAUUAAUUCAGUUGAUUUAUUAUAACAUGUAUCUUGAGUCUCAAGUUGUUAUUCUAUAGAUUAUCUUUUGUUUUAUGAAGGUGAAAACUCUACAGCAAAAAUUAAGAAGACGGAAUUCAAAAAUUAAGAGCAUGAAGCAAAUUAUCAACCAACUUGAAAAGAAGAUGCUUACCCCAAAGCAAGAAGCUGAUUUGAUGCACAACAAUUUUGAUGGAAUAAAGCUAGCUCUGUUCAAGAGAAUAAAUAAAUAA